UCAUGCUACAAGAAAUUGGUCAUUUUAUCGUGUGUAGUCUAUGGUGUGCAAAUUAUCCAUGCUAUUAAUAAUAUUUUUUAGCAUAAACUUCUUGUGCGCCUUAGAUUCAGUUUAAGGCAUGCAUUGUGACAAAAAAAAAAAAAAAAAAAAAAAACCAAUUUUGAUGUAGUGAUUACUCCAUCGGCACUCAUCUAUGGUUACAAAAUAGUAUUAGAAAUGGAUCAUAACAUCUUGUUUUGUAUACCAAAGAACAAAAACCAACUUUGGUUGAAACAAAAGAAGAACAUGUUACGUACUUAGCCUUGGGGCUGCCAUAAUUAUUUUCUUCAUACCAAUGAGAAAAAAUUUAGAAAAAGAAAAUAUUCCAAAUAGCUUUCCAGCCCUCCAAAAUAUUCUCGGCAGGGAAUUUGUGCUCUACUUUUCUCAAAAGUUCUUCUCCUUCAGUAUAAACACCAAGCAACCCUCUAACCUCUCUCCACCAUACACUCAAAAGUUGAUCUCUCUAGCUCCUCCAAUCUUCUCCAAUGACUACUACUACUACUACUAGGAAGCAGCUCGAAGUCGUAAGAGACGAUCAGUCUCCGCAGAAAUGGUGUGUUUUAUUGAGAGAAGAUGUGUUCAGAAGAUUCAUGGCUCAAGGCAGCACAAAUCCAACGGUGCAGAAGGUCUUUGGUGGUGCAUCUUUUUUCUGUCCUUUGCUGUUUGGGAAAUUUUUUGAUCCUUCUGAUGCCUUCCCGUUGUGGGAGUUUGAGUCGGAUACCUUGCUGUCUGGUCUCAGAAGCUCUGGCCAAACCUGUGUUGAUUGGUUUCAAACAGAUCAAGACUAUGUCCUAAAAGUAGAACUACCAGGAGAAGGGAAAAACAAUGUUCAAGUGUAUGCCGAAAAUGGAAAAGUGGUGGAAAUAAGUGGGCAGUGGAAGCAGCAGCAAGGAGGAGAGUCCAACUCCUUGAAGAGCACGAAGGAUUGGAGAAGUGGGAAUUGGUGGGAACAUGGUUAUGUUCGGAGGCUGGAGCUCCCACAAGAUGCUGAUUCCAGAAGGAUAGAGGCUUCUCUCACUAAUGACCUACUUUUGGAACUCAAAGUUCACAAGAUCAACAAACCCUUGGAUUCUAAUGACAAUGCAAAAGAUAAAGAUCCAAUGUGAGUUUAAAAACCUAAACAUAAUAUUUGUGACUUCUUAAAUUUUGACAUACCUAUAGUAUAGAUAUGUGUGAUAUGAUGAUGUAUUUUUAUACAACAGAACAUUUUUUUACAUCUAUCGUAAAAAAUAAUUUACAUGAAACAAGUUUACCAUUAUCUUAAUAUCUCAGUCCAAUAAUACAGCAA